AUGAAAAGAUCUAGUUCUACGCGUGUAGCGCGCAAAAUCGGCAGCUACGAUGACGACGAGUCCGCCGACAGCACCAAUAGCUCGCAGAGUGAAGUACAGAAGCCUACAGUCGUCAAGCGGCCUGCGCUUGGUAAAGCAAAGAAGCGCUCUUCUCUACGCAUGUCGUUUGGUGCUGGCGACGAAGCGAACAAUGGCGAAGAAUCAAGCGAUUCAGCGGUUAUGACUCCGAAGAAGGCGAACCUCAGUCGCAUAGCACUGGAGAAGAGUGCACAACUUCGGGCCCGCUCACCACUCGUAUCGGAAUCUGCGAAGCCGACCGAAUACAGCAAGGAUUAUAUUGCUGAACUACGAAAUUCGACACCGUCAACGCCCAGGGACCUCAAGAUAUCCGCUGAGGAAGAAGAGGAGAUUCGCGCGCUGGAUAUUGCGGCCAAGUUUGGGCCUGUCGCGUCACUCGAGGCGACGUCAUCUGCGAUUCCUACCGAAGCAGAGAUACGGGAAAAGAAGGCGCGGAGGCGGCGCUUAGCACACGAGGAAAAUGCGUAUGACGACGAAGAUGCAGCCUGGGCAUCCGACGACCAAGGGGAGGACGAGUUCAGACAACACAGAGAUAAGAUUUCCCUUCGACCCAAGGACAAAUGGGGAGAAACCCGCCUAGUCCACGACGACGAAGACAUUGCCGAAGGCUUCGACGACUACGUAGAAGACGGCAAAAUAGCCCUCGGUCGCAAGUCCGAAAAGGAAGCCCAGCGACGACGGCGUGCCGAAAUGGCCGAACUCAUCAACGACGCAGAGGGCUCCUCAGGAGACGAUGGCUCCGACGACUCCGACGAAGACCGCAACGUCGCAUUCGCUACAGCCCAAGCUCGCGCAGGUCGCUACGGCCAAAAAGUAGACGAAGACGACGACGGCACCAGAACGCCUCCUCGCAUCACGCCUCUCCCAGAUCUCAACGACAUCCUCCAGGGCCUCACCAUCGACAUGGAAGCCCGAAAGCAAAGAAAAGCACUGCUUCUCCAGAAAAUGCAAGAUCUCAAAGACGAUAAAGUAAGGAUUGAAGAGCGCAAAAAGUAUCUCCAGGAACAACUCCAGAAGACGGGCGAGGAAUACGAAAAACUACGCCAGGAAUCCGGUCUACCGGCUUUGCCCACUAAUACUUUGGAGGGAGGAGGUGGUGCUAGGUUGAUUACAGAACGAGGCUUGGAUAGUCUGGGGACUACGCCGCUGGGUGGUACACCGUUGGGUGGCACGCCGCUGGCGAACCGAUCGAGCGAGGAUUCGGAUUGA